AUGUGCAGACGUCGUCACGUUAGGACUGUUUACAACCACGGUUUCACGCACCCCGAGGAGGAAGUCAAUUGCUACGGCACGAACUGCAUCUUUAGUCCAAACCAUCCCAAGGAUUGCACUGGGGAGCGAUGCAAGACCAAGUGCUGGCAGUACCACACGUACCCUCAGCAAUAUGUGGUCAACAAGGACCAUGACUGUCCGCAGUGCGCUGCGGCGCGGCGCUGA